AACUUAAGAUAGUUGCAAUGUAUUCCAAACAGUUCAUAGCAACCAGCUAAAUACUUCAGACGGCGUUGUCGUGGUUAUAUUGGAAAAACGGAUACAACGUUGUGACUACGUUGAGUCAACAACAGAAAAUAGAGCUCUUAGUCAUGUAAAGAUGACGCCCGCUACCAGCCUCAGUAUCCUGGCCGUCUCCUUCCUCUCCUUCCUCGCUGCCCCUCUCCUCUCCUCCGCGGGGAUCUCCCCCCCUCUAACCACUGCUUCUCUUAACGGUGAGUCUCAUGACCGGCCCCAGACCGCCCCCAGCCCCCCUCUCCUCCUCCUGGCUAUCCAUGCCAACCUCCGGGCAGCUUCUCCCCAGGGCAAGGCCCCUAGGAAACUCUUAGGGGCCCAAGAGAGAGCUCUGGAGACCCCUCCCAAACCUCUGGCCCAGGUCAUGUUUCCUAAGAACGUGACAGCUGAAGGGGCCCUGGCUCCCCCACUCGGAGCCGCCCAGGUGGCCCCUCCGCCCCGGAAGCUGAUGAAAGUGGACGCGUGCCGUGGUUACUAUGACGUGAUGGGCCAGUUUGACAAUCCCUUCAACUGCUCCAAGGACACGUUCGUCUACUGCUGUGGCACCUGCCACUAUCGCUUCUGCUGUCCGGACCAGAAUCAGCGCUUGGAGCAGGGCAGCUGUAAGAACUAUGACUCUCCCGAUUGGGCCAAAACCCAGGCUCCAGGCCUGUCCAAUCCGGACGACGACGAGGGCUCGGACCCUGGCUUCGACCCUCUGAAGCAGCAGAGUCACAACACGGGUUUUGUGAUUGGCGGUGUGGUGGUGUUCAUGGUGGCCGUUGCCGUGGGGAUUAAGGUGGUGUUCAACAAAGUUCAGCAGGAGGCUCAUAACAGGGAGCUCAAUAUGCCCAGGGCCCUUGUGGACAUGCUGCGGCACCAGUCCAGUCCAGUACAGCAGGACGAGAGAAACAACAGUGUGGCCCUGGCCUCGGGGGAGGGGCAGGGGACGCUGGGGAGACCCCCUAAGAACCUCUACGCCCCCGGUCUACCCAGCAAGGACAACAGACUGGGGAAUUUGCAACACAAUUUCAUCCACUCGUCAGGCUCCAGCCCCAAACACACAGCGACCAUCGAGCGCACCCCUCGUAUGAACAACGCUCAGCUGGCGACUGGAGGCACCCUCCUGUCCAGCAAACACAACAACACCAAGAGCCAGCCUGCCUUCCAUCACUCGCUCCACAACCUGGCUCAGCUGCCUCCUUCUUACGAGAGUGCCACGAAGCCUGAGCUCAACAGAUACUCCUCGCUGAAGCGUCUGGAGAAAGGCGGACUCGACGAGUAUUCCUCCGGCUACUGCACCACCAAGCGUCGCCCCCACACGGCCCAGCCCGCCCUUCAGUCCUCCCAGCACCACCUUCACUGGGGCGGAGAUUACACCCUGAGUGGAAGGGGCACCCUCCCCCGCCAUGCUGCUCGUCCCUGGAUCCAGCCCACCGGAAUGCCCACCUCCCCAACCCCCAACCCCUACCCCCUGGACCCCCCGGAGCCCCAGUACAACCCCAACUACGAGACCCUCUCCAAGAGGAAGGUCAAGUCCCAGGAUCAGCUCCUGAACAUGGGCGACGUCCCUGGCAACACAGGGACCCUCUCCAGGCUCUCCAAAAACCAACAGCACCAGUACUACAAAGCUAUGGCUGCCGCCAACAAGAACUCCAACACACAGACCUUGACGCGCAAGACCCAAGAUAGAAUGCUCAUGUCUCCGGACCAUCUAGAGGAGAGGAUGGGAGGGGUCGGGGGGAUGGGGGUCGGAGGAAUGGGGGUCGGGGGGAUGGGAGGGGUGACAGAUCCGUAUGCCCAUGGUGGAGGCGGAAUGGUCCCCACGCUGCCACGGCUCACUCCCCAGCAGAAGGCUCAGUCUCAGCAGAAUGUGUGUGCCACGCCCUCCCUCGACAGGCACCACAUGAUCAAGAUGAACUCUCACCCCACUUCCGGCAGGGAGCAGGAGAGGAGCACGGGCAUGACGGGGCACAUGAGCGGGGGCAUGGGCUGGGCGGGGGAGGCGCCGGGGCCGGGGGUCGUCAUGGGAACAGGGACGUUAACAGGGACGUUAGGGGGGCACAGGGAUAGGAGGAUGGCUUUCGCGUCGAAGAGGCAGAACACCAUUGAGCAGUUACAUUUUAUACCAGGAGGGGGCGGCGGAGGGGGGAGUGGGAGUGGGAGUGGGAGUCAGGGGAUCAGGACAGGGAGUAAGAAUGAGGUGACAGUGUAAGAAGGGCUGCCAGAUGUCGAAUUUGCCCUUGACCACAGAUCCAGGAACGGAUUUCCAUGUCCCAAUCCUACCAUCAACCAGUCGGAGAUUUUGAAUGUUUGUUUCUUAUUUGUCUCACUGUAUCCGUGGUUAGGGGCAAAUUCAACCUGAUUAAUAGAAAAGGGGGCAUUUAGAGUAGUGUUCAGGGAGUACAGCCAAUACGAAUUAGGUGUUUACUGAGAGUCAAAAGAAACUGUAAAUACGAGACAUAAAGUAUAAAAGUUUAAAAUUCAACAAGCAAACAUAAUUUUGCUGUUUAGAGUAGUUUAGCGGUAUGGACUAUUCCUGCCAUUUUAUAUGUGUGAUAUAUCAGCCAUAUUUCGUACCAGAAUUUGCCAUAUUGCCGUAUACAUUGGUGCCAUAAUUAAUAACAAAAAGAAGGAUCUAAAAGGUAACAGGACUGACUAACGAAACAGGUUUUGGUCUAGUCCUUGUUUUUUUUUUAUAGUACAUGUUUUAGAAAAUCUACUUUGGAGCCAUAUUAGAUAGGGAGCAAGAAGAGAAUUAACUACAAUAUAAAUGAAAGCAAAAAGAGGAAAUGACAGUGACUCGAAUGAACAAGGCACGCUUGCGGAAUGUUGUGUUGAUGCCACUGUAAGCUAUCCAGCAUUGGACCCUCCACAUUUUCAAACGUCUACCUAAAUCGUUGCCAAUGAAGAU